GCUAGCAAACAACCACAGAAGAAAUAGGAACAGUGCUCUGCUUGGGAAGCGGCCGACACACUGAGAAAGGCUUUGGGUUCCAUUGUGUCCUUGCCCAUGCAUUGAGACGCCACCACCGCCUGCUUCCCUGGUUCAGGUCCCCGGCAUUAGAAGGCUGAUUCAGGGGGAUCAGACCAUGCAGACGUUCCUGAGGGGAAGAGUGCGUAUCAAAGUGGAGGAAGAAUUUUUUGCCACCGACAAGGCUCUGCUGGUGGAACACAGUGAGUACUUCCGCGCGCUCUUCCAGUCUGGCAUGAAGGAGAGCACGCAAGACGAAAUCCAGAUCCGAGACUUGAGUGCCAUGGGAUUUCUCCUCAUGCUCCGGGUCCUGGCAGGGGAGAGACCUGUGCUGACCUGUGAGGAGAAUCUCAAGGCGGUUGAAUGUGCAGCUUUUCUUCAGGUGAAGACGAUGACCAAAUAUCUGAUUAAUUCCAUCAAUUCCGAUAACUGCAUUGUCCUUUAUCAAGCUGCUGCCAUGUUUGGCCUACAGGACCUUUUCCACAGAGCUGCCCUGUACAUUAGAGAUGGCUAUUCUGAUUUAGAGGAGUACUUAGACUGCCUUUCUACUGACCUGCUGGAUUACGUGGACUCCCUUCUGCCCAGCACAUUUGUCGCAGUGGGAGCCCAUACACCAACCUUUGAGUUUCUACAGGACCUUUCGAGAACCAUCUGCUACCUGGAUGAGGAUGACAACACGUGGAAGACGCUCUCCUGCUUGCCGCUGACAGCCAGCACAUUCCUAGCCGGCAUGGCAACGCUGGAUAAUAAAAUCUACAUAGUGGGCGGAGUCCGUGGAGCGAGCAAGCAAAUCGUGGACAUCAGUUUUUGCUAUGACGUAGAUGCUAACAGCUGGAGCGAGUUUCCCAGCCCUCAGCAGCUCCGGUAUGACCUCACACUGACGGGUCAUGAAGGUUAUCUUUACGCCAUAGGAGGAGAAUUUGAGAAGACCUUGCUAAAGUCCGUGGAGAAAUACAACGUGUCCUCCAACACCUGGACUUUUGUCGCUGAUCUGCCCCAGCCAACGGCAGGUGCGCCCUGCGCCCAGACCAUGGGGCGGAUAUUUGUCUGCUUGUGGAAGCCACUAGACACCACUAUCGUUUAUGAGUAUGAGAUCCAGAAAGACGAAUGGCUUCCCAUCUCAGCCUUAAAGCGGCCUCAGAGCUACGGCCAUUGCAUGGUGGCCCACAGAGAUAAUCUCUACAUCAUACGGAAUGGGCCCUCAGACGACUUCCUGCGGUGUGCGAUAGACUGCUUCAACCUCACCAGCCUGCAGUGGACAGCUUUACCGGGGCAAUACGUGAACAGCAAAGGAGCUCUCUUCACUGCCGUGAUCAGAGGGGAUACAGUUUAUACAGUCAACAGGAUGCUGACCCUCCUCUACUCCAUAGAAGAGACUACAUGGAGGUUCAAAAAGGAGAAGGCUGGAUUCCCAAGGAGCGGGUCCCUACAAACCUUCCUUCUCAGGUUCCCAAAGAGAGACCACAGCAUUGCCACUUAGUCGUUGCCACAAGGGGGCGCUCUAGGAUACAAGAGCCACUGAAAGCUAUUUAAAAAUAGAUCCUCAGCUUUCUCCUUUUCUUUCCAAGCCUCCAGCUGCUCAGCAGAAUUCCAUGUAUAAAAAGGAGAUUGCAGUAUCACUCCAGUCCCGACCUACUGAGCGCUGCUAGCUCCUCCUACGUUCGCCCUUCCAAGUAGCAGGAGCCAGUGUGAGGAGCCGCAAUUCUGCUGAUUGCCCUCUGCUCGUGGUUACAAAGGAUUGAGCGCUCUGUAAUGCCCACCCUAUAUUUAACCCGAGGUUGUCCUAAUGUGUCUGGAGUUUGUAGACCUCCAGAUGAAAGACAUUUCAGAAAUGCAAAACAGACAGUGUGGCCUAAGGGACAGAACCCCAGACUGGAAUUCGGGUGACCUGGGUUGGAUUCACAGCUUCUGGGUAACCUUGGACAAGUCAUUUCCCCUCCGUGUGCCUCAGUCUUGCCAUCUUUAAAAUGGGAAUAAUGAUAUUGCCCUCCUCUGUAAAGCACAUUGAGAUCCAUGGAGCUAGGUAUAGUUCAUAUUGACCGAAUUCGUCAAAUGUUUAUAAAACCAUUUAUUCUACGUACUGAUGGGGAAAGAUCAAUUAUUUUGUAGAAUUAAAGGGAAGUUUGGUUUUUUUUAAAUGUAGGCACGUGUUAAAAAAGGAUCAUCGUUUCAUGGAAAUUAAAUGAAAUAACUUGUAA